CUAAGAGUCGUGCAUGUGUUCACGCUGCUUCGCAGGGCUGAGUUUGACCCUGGCGCGCAGGGGCCACCAACUAGCAUUGCCCCUCCAUUGCCGCCUCCCACAAACUUUAGACUAGGCUGAGCACAACACCCAAACACUCACUCUGUAACUUAUUCUUUCUGGUUACAGUGAUCCUCUACGCAUACGAACGUCACACAGAAAGCCUCGAAAACUCACACAUCAUGUCUGACGUCGCUAAGCCCGACCCCGCCGCCGAGCAGGUCGCCAACCCCGCCGCAACCCUUGUCAAGGACGAGACCGCAAUGGUUACCACGGACAAGCUUGCCGACAAGGAUGAGAAGCCGGCAACUACGUCCAGCGAUGACAAGCCCGUCACCGAGAAGGCCACAGAAGCCGCCACAUCUGCCGCAGCUGCAGUCAAGGACAAUGUCUUCUCCAUGUUCGGCGGUGGACCCAAGAAGGAGAAGAAGGAGGAGGCCGAUGACGCCAACGAGCCCUCUGGCUCUUCCAAGGCACAGGCUACCGGCGAGGAAGACCCAGAGAACCAGGAGCCUGAUGUCGAGUUCGCCCCCGUCGUCCACCUGACCGAGAAGGUCGACACCAAGACCAACGAGGAGCUCGAGGAGCAAGUCUUCAAGAUGCGUGCCAAGCUGUUCAAGUUCGACCGCGAGUCGCGAGAGUGGAAGGAGAGGGGCACUGGCGAUGUCAGGUUACUGAAGCACAAGGAGAAUGGCAAGACCCGCCUGGUUAUGCGACGGGACAAGACGCUUAAGGUCUGCGCCAACCACUAUGUUGUGCCUGACAUGAAGCUGUCGCCCAACGUUGGCAGCGACCGCAGCUGGGUCUGGAACGCGGCCGCCGAUGUUAGCGAGGGUGAGCCCGAGGCGCAGACGCUGGCCAUCCGCUUCGGCAACAGCGAGAACGCCAACCUCUUCAAGGAGGCCUUCAUCAAGGCCCAGCAGGAGAACGAGGCUCUUUUCAGCAAGUCAUCAGAGUAGGUGUGAAGAGAAGUUGAGGGUGAUUCGGAAGGAAACAGAGGAAUGAAGCAUGCACGCACGAAGCAAUGACAUUUUGGGGCGGUAUCAUAUCACGGCGAUAGAAGUUCUCACACCCUGCACAUACUAGAUAGUACUAAAUUGGCCUGACCCUGAGUCUACGGCAUUCCCCCAAA